CACAAUUGAAGUUAAGUGAUCUUUGAUUUAAAUCGCGUUCUACUUUAAGGUGAAAGAUGGCUUCGAGAAAAAGGACAGUGGUUUCGGACAGUGCUAGUGAGUUCAGUUUGGAUAUCUACAAAGCGAUCACAAGUUCUUCAAACAAUGACAACCUUUUUAUUGCGCCAACAAGCAUUUGGAUUGCCAUGGCAAUGGUUAAUGUUGGAGCAAGAAAUGUCACAAGAGAGCAGAUAGAAGCAGCUUUAAAACUGAGGUUUAAAGACGAGGAAGUGAUGCUGGACGAGUUUGAAAAGUUUUCGAAAGUACUUAAUCAAGGAAAUAGGAAGUCUGUCAAGCUUCAAGUUGCAAACAGGCUCUACCCGUACUCGGGAGGAACCAUUUUGCCGAAGUAUAUUUCAACCAUUUCGCAGCACUUUGGAGCUGAUGUUAAGCCUCUGGAUUUCGAAUCCUGUUCAGAUGAAUCAAGAAUUUCAAUAAACAACUGGGUUGAAGAAGUCACAGAACAGAAAAUCAAGAAUGUGCUACCCGAUGGUUCUAUUAACUCUUUGACAAGGUUGGCCAUCGUCAAUGCUAUAUACUUUAAAGGUAAUUGGGCGAUGCCAUUUAAACGAAGAAAUACGAGGGAUCACGAUUUCCACCUUAUUGACGGCGGUAUUGUUCAAGUUCCUAUGAUGACUAUCGUGCAAGAGGAACUAAAAUACGGCGAAAAUUCAGAACUUGGUUGCAAAGUGCUCCACUUACCGUACGAAGGCGACGGUUUAACGAUGGUCAUCAUUUUGCCGACUGAAAUUGACGGACUGCUCGAACUGGAAACAAGACUUGACUCGCAGGCCCUGUUGAAAAUCAUCGAUGAUGUGUUUUCUCGAAGGGUAGAAGUAUAUCUUCCGAAGUUUAAACUGGAAUCUUCUUUUGCUCUCUCCAAAACGUUGUCUGCUUUGGGAAUGGUAGACGCCUUUAGCGAGGAAAAGGCCGACCUAUCGGGAAUGGGGACGAAUUUGUACGUGUCCAACGUGUUCCACAAAGCGUUCGUUGACGUGAACGAAAAGGGCAGCGAGGCGGCAGCAGCUACAGCGGCUGAAGAAAAAGAUCGUUGCCCACCCCCUCGUCCCAGAAAGUUCAAGACCGAUCACCCGUUCCUCUUCCUGAUCUGGGACUUCAAGCUCAGGGCGCCGCUUUUCAUAGGACGGUAUAUGCAUCCGCCUUCACAGUCCAGCUCGACUCACCGUUAACACGUUGAUAAAAGGAAGGAAUAUAUAACAUGUACUUAUUUUUAUGAAUGCCGAGGAGUGAAAGCGAGUUCAAAAUUACAUUUAAAUAGUAGCAGCCUAGACAACUUAUAUGUUUUCCAUUAUGAUUUUCCAUAAAAUUUUGUUCAUUUGCCAUACACGUGUUGCUUUCCUUGUGCUAUUGAAGAAAAGAACAUACCAGAACUUUUAUUCACCAGAAAGUCAUAUCUCCAUUAACUCUGUUUUAACAGCUGCUGAGUCUAACUGCAUGUAUUGUGAAGUAAUUCUAGCUUUGUUUUGUAUCCACAUUUUGAUCUAUAAAUAUUUCAUAACACUUGAUCAUGUAUUGUAUCAUUAACACGGUUGUCAUUUAACUCUCCAUUUGUCAUGGUAAUCAACGAGUAUUUGCAUAUUCUCAUAAUUUUUGGUUUCUCGUUUUUUAAACAAAUUAAUCAUGUACAAGACAAUACUGCGUAUGGAACAUUGGUGCAAUAUUGUUGGAUAUUCAAAACAAUAUUAAACUUUUGAA